UCUUUUGAUCAUCUCUGAUUCUCAUCGGAAAUUCAGAUUGAUAGCUAAUGUCCACCGGAAUCUCGCAAUCUACUGAUCCUGUACAAUCCACGGUCGGCGAUUCGCCGUCUGAAAAUGAUGUAGUUGAACCCAGCGCAUCGGAAAGACAAUUACCUGUUAGGGAUUCUUCCGAUGCUGAUGAAGUUCCGGCUCUCGAUGAAUCUACAUCCGGCGUGGAAGAUUCGGUAGGAAUCGAAAAUGAAUCUUCUGGAAUAGCUAAGGCUCUCUCGUCCAUGUUGUCCUCUGUUAUUAGGGAUUUUGAUUCAAAAGCUGAAGAUGCGAGCCGCAGUCAAGAUCAGCUCUCUUUCUCCCUUGAUCGCCUUACUCAAGAACUUGAUCAAUUGCUAGAAGAUGCGCCACUUCCAUUCAUAGUGCAGCACGCUGUGAAGAUUUCAGGUGUUAGGAGAAGAGUGUCAUCAUUGAAUUCUCUCUUAAGAAGUAUACAACGCCGUGUUGAUAAUAUUGAUCGGAUGCUUUCUACAGGAUCUACUCAAGAGACACACCAAAUGGGAAUUGCAAGGCAACAUUAGAGUGGGCUGUCAUUGAGAGGCUUUGGUUCUGAACAGAAAUGUGGAUCACAUAGUGAAGUUUUAGCUUUUCAUGAUCUGUGAUUGACACGGCAUUAACUUGUAUGAAGUGUAUGUGCUUUUAAUUCAUAUAGCUUGAUUGAAUUAUUUCAAAAAAACCCAGAAUUGAUUUCGUAGAGAACUUUUGUUCAACUUUACUUGAUUAUUUUCAACUCUUUUGUUAUUUUGCUUUUGGUGAAGAUCAUAUCAUGAUUCUGAAAUAUAAUGCUGCUGCAAUUGCAUUUGUUUAUUAGUCAUGAGAUUGGCCAGCCAGAUGUCAUC